AUGCGAUGGGGUAAUUCGAGCAUGCAUUCAGAUCUCAUGUUCUCCGGCACUAACGCAUUUCUUCAUGGCCUGAGCUCCUCGCUACUCCUCAACCCCAGCGAUCGAGAAUCUUGCUCUCAUGUGUUCAUGAUUCCCAGCCCAGCCACCGUCUCCGAGCCCCACACUUUAAAGGGCUCGUUAUCCUUGCUCUGGCCCUUGUUCGGCACAUUUUGUCUAAGCCAACUCCUCGAGACAAUAAUCUGCGCUGUGGAGGGUCGUCCAUUAUCAGCCGAAACCGGCAUGACUUUGUUCGAACAUUCUCUCGCCUUCGCGGAAGCCGAUGCUGCCAUCAGCAAUCAGCUAGGAUGGGGGACAUCUAUAUCCU